UUGGGCCUGUGCGCGGCCGCCCUACCUGGCAGCCAAUUAGACGGCCCCACUUCUACCGUUACUCGGCGACUGCAAUUCUGCCGCCACUCCGACAAACGCACCUCAAUUGCCCUCCUUCCAUCCCACAUCGAUUUCGCGAUGCAGCGACAACCCUCACUUCCAGACCUGCGCUUCUCAUCCCUGCGCGACAAAAUCCACACUUGGCUCGACAGCACCGGCCUCGACAUCAAGUACAAUCCAUCUCCCAACGCCAAGAAGCGCGCUUUCGACUCCGACAUGCCGACACCGCCGGGAACCUCACGAUCGGAAUCGCCCUCUAAACGUCAGCGCACAGAUGGAGCAGCAUCUCUAUCAAACCAGUCUCUCCAGAGCGCACAGUCGUCAUCGUUUCCACCUACAUCGCAAUCCAAUGCCUCAACUUCCAGGCGGCUCCGGUCUCCGAAGAAAACAGCAGAUAGGUUUUUCGGAAAAGUUUUCAACGCCAACGCGUCUUUGGGCAAUCAACCGGAAACACCACUUCCUCCCGACAUGCUGAGCCUUUACGAAAACAUUGUGGACAUCCAUGAUAAUACUACACCAAUCUAUCCUCUCGGCGCAAAAAAGCAAAUCCAAACUUUGAUUAGGAACACUUUAGAUGACAGAUUUAUCCCAGAUCCUGAUUUUGAGCAGCAGGAUGACAAGAAAAAACUGGACGCGGCGAUUGAACUGGACGACUUGCAAGCCAUACAAAAAACUGCGGAGAGGUGUGCGAGGUACCUUAGCCAUGAAGCUACCUGGAACUCUGAUGUUCAUGCACGAAUCUUGAGGCGUGCAGCGGCCCCAUAUAGCGGCAUUACAGCGGUAGGGGCCACAACAGCAGGCAUCCAGCUUGAAUGGCGAAGCGGGAUUGCGGCGGACGAUGCCUCGAAUGGCAGCAAAAUGGUGGACUAUCUCCUCAUCAUUGAUGAUUCAGACAUUGAAUUGGGGCAUGCAAUUCGAAAGCACACCAGAAUGGUCAAUCACACCUCUGUGGACGAUUUUUUGGAACAGCCUAUCGGCAUCAGUAUCGAAACCAAAGUAUCACAAACUUUGUCGAACCAGGGAAGACUCCAGCUCGGGAACUGGAGUGCUUCAUUGCUCUACAGAUGGUCCCAGUUGCCGAGCCUCUGCACCGAUUCAUGCCACAAGCCCGAGGAUCAUGUAGCGCCGCCCAUGGUCAAGGCUUUACCCAUUGUCCUCAUCACCGGCCAUUUUUGGGAAGCUUAUUUUUUUUGCGACGAGGGAGACAACUACCAAAUGUAUGGCCCAAUCGACCUUGGAAACACCAGGUCGUUGAAGGAAAUAUACAAGCUACUUGCAUCAUUGCGGGUACUUGUACGAUGGGUGGAUGUUCAAUUGCGCGACUGGUUUCAUCGACUUUUCCAUGUUAGGUAG